CAGCAGGUCUUCCAAAUUCUUAAGGGAAAUAACCCGUGGGCUGGAGAGGUGGCUUUCUUUUGUUCUGUAAAACUCUACUCGGAUUUGGUUGAGGAGCUUUUCAUAAUCCUUGUUUCCCUUUCCCUGAUUGUGUUGUUAAUAAUGCCAGAGAAGUGUUUGUUAACGUACUAGUCCAAACCCAGUGCCCCUGAAGUAACAGCCUCACCUUGCUUGUGCUAGCACUUUAGGCGAGACAUCUCCUCUGCUUUCCCUAGAAUUGGUGUGGAUGGUUAAGUCCUUCACCUGGAAACCUGCUGCCUUCUGCUUCACCUUGGUGUGCUACACCUUCACUGGUGCUGUGGUUUGGGGGGUUCAGGUGCGUGCAUCCGGUUUGAGGAGGAUGUCAGUUAUCUGCGGCCUUCUUCCCUGCUCCCUUCUCCCAGAAGUACAGAAAAUAUUAGAAGAACUUUGUUGGAGUUCUGUUUCUGGUUACUGAGAAAUGGCUUAUUUUCUUUCCUGCUUUUCUGGAGGAUUUGCAAGUUGGUAUUGGGAUAAGAAUAUCAUUGUUCCUUUGGGCAUAUCCCCUCAGUUUCACCUCUCUCAAGUUUUAGUGGUAAUCCUUGGGAAUGAAGCAAUGGAAGAAGCGUCUUGUUACAGUAAAAAGCUUUUUAGUAGUAAGCAGCUUGCUCAAUAAGUUCCUGUGUAUGAAGACUGAAGAUGGACAAAUUUUAACUAGACUAAAAUGCAGUUUGUAAAAGAAUCUAACUUUAUUUAUUUCUUUUAGUUCUCUAGCUAUUGCAUUCUUUCCUAUGAGUUUAGGGGUUUUUUUUCCUGAAAUGGUCAGAGCAGUGAAUUAAGUGCACUAGCUCAGAAUAAUAACUUUUAAUAAUGUCUUACAGCCUUAAAUAUAAUUAGGUAACCAUCCAGUGUGACUAACAGCUAGCAAUAAGCUAAAAUGACAGAACUUAGGUUGUACUUGGGAAGUCUACUAAAAAUUUGUUUAUAUUCCCAUAAAAUCUACAAAAAAAUUCAGUGUUUGUAGCCCCAGACAGUGUAAGCGCAUACCUUUUCAGGGGAUUGCACAUACAUAAAGUAAUGUCUACAUCUGAAAUGAAACCUUACUUCUGAUCUCAUUUCUUGCAGAAUCUGCAGCAAUCGAGGAGUCACUCUGUGUUCAAGUUCAGAAGUGCUUUACACAUGAAAUCUACUGGCUCUGUAGCUGAUUCUGCCCUGUCACCAUCUCAACAGAAUUGGAUUUACAGUCAUGGAGGAACAUCAGCAGCACUUACACUGUGUGAACUGCGUCAGCCGUCGUUGUAUGGCCAGACCAGAGCCGGGCAUUUCCUGUGAUCUCAUUGGCUGCCCCUUGGUUUGUGGGGCAGUUUUUCACUCAUGCAAAGCUGAGGAACAUCGCAUGCUAUGUCCACUUGAAAGAGUGCCUUGUUUGAAUAGUGGCUUUGGAUGUCCCUUCAUAGUAGCCCGAAACAAAAUUGCUGAUCAUCUAGAAGUUUGUCCUGCAAGCGUGGUGUGUUGUACCAUGGAGUGGAAUAGAUGGCCAGUCAGCUACGCUGACCGAAAAUCUUACGAAAACCUGAGUAAAGAUGUCGAUGAAGUGGAGCAGCUAGAUAUGGCUUUAGCUCUUCAAGACCAGCGCAUGUUAUUAGAAUCACUUAAAGUAGCAACUAUGAUGUCAAAAGCAGGUGAUCAAAUAGCAGAAUCCAGAGAGCAAACCUCUGUCAAAUCAAGUGCCCCCGAUACAGUGCAUACCAACGGUUUGAUGCCUGUAGAUGAAGAGUCCUAUGGUGCACUUUAUCAAGCUACUGUAGAAACAACGAGAAGUUUAGCUGCUGCUCUGGAUAUCCUGAACACUGCUACAAGGGACAUUGGCAUGUUAAGUUCAAACCUCUGCAUUUCACCACAUGAAAUGAAAGAAGAUCCCAAGAUUAAAGAACAAGCUUCUAGUGGCAUUAUUCAGGAUAAGAAGUCUGACUCUGAAAAUCCAGAUGACGAUAAUGUAGGAGCAGUUGGGGGAAUUAACUUUGAUAGCCUGAGUCAAAAUUCACAAAUGGAACAAAAUGGUUCUUGUGAUAUUUGUUAUGAUGUAGUGCAAAACCAUGAUUUAAAUCUAAACCUCAGUAACUCCUCACUUUUGUGUAAUGGUUUUCAUGUAGAAAAUGAAUGUUCAAAGGUGUUGGACCACAGUGAAGAUCUUGGUGUAUCUAACUCAAAACCGUCCAGUGUAGCAAAUGGUGAAUGUACUGCAUCUCAUGAUGAUGAAGCAUUAGAGUCUUGCAGCUCCUGCCCUGUAACAGCACAAGUUGAAGUAAUACCAGCUGAUCACUUAGUUAAUGGCAAUGCUAAUCAUGUGCUACUUCCCCAUAAUGCUAAUGAAGAAGAAAUAUUAGAGAGACAAGUGGAGCAAGAAAGAUUGAGAAACAUAGAUGCGUUUUCACUUUUACGGCAUCGAUCGUACAGAUUCCUUGUUAACCAUUAUUGGUCAACACCAAAAGAAGACAAAGCUGUUGAUACAUCAGAUUUGGAGAUAACAGAAGAUCCUAUGGGUCUUCAGGGAAUUGAUCUAAUCACUGCAGCUCUGUUGUUUUGCCUAGGAGAUUCUCCCGGAGGUAGGGGGAUUUCGGAAAGUCGUGCUGUUGAUGUAUAUCACGUUGACUUUGGGACCCAGACAUUUUCUCUCCCAUCUGCUAUAUUGGCCACAAAUACAAUGGUGGGGGAAAUAGCUUCAGCUUCUGCAUGUGAUCAUGCCAACCCACAGCUCUCAAAUCCAAGUCCAUUCCAGACCCUUGGAUUGGAUUUGGUACUGGAAUAUGUGGCUAGAUACCAAACAAAACAGCGUUCAAUGUUUACAUUUGUUUGUGGACAGUUGUUUAGAAGGAAUGAAUUUUCGUCGCAUUUUAAGAAUGUGCAUGGAGACAUUCAUGCUGGCCUUAAUGGCUGGAUGGAGCAGAGGUGCCCUUUGGCAUAUUAUGGGUGCACAUAUUCUCAACGAAGGUUUUGCCCUUCAACGCAAGGGGCAAAAAUUAUUCAUGACCGCCACUUACGGUCAUUUGGAGUUCAGCCUUGUAUAUCCACAGUAUUAGUAGAACCAGCAAAAAGCUGCUUAAUUGGACUACACAAUGACCAUCUGAGUAGUCUACCUUUUGAGGUGCUGCAGCACAUUGCUAGUUUUCUAGAUGGCUUUAGUUUAUGUCAGCUCUCAAGAGUGUCACGUUUAAUGAGAGAUGUGUGUGGAAGCUUGCUUCAAGCACGUGGAAUGGUGAUACUGCUUUGGGAGAAGAGAAAGUGCCCAGAAGGAAGUUCUUGGCAGGUAAAAGAAAAGGUCUGGCGCUUCAGUACAGCCUUUUGUACUGUGAACGAGUGGAAGUUUGCUGACAUUGUGAGCAUGGCUGACCACUUGAAGAAGUGUAGCUACAACGCCGUGGAGAGGAGAGAGGAGGCCGUGCCGCUGCCAUGCAUGUGUGUGACGCGAGAGCUCACCAAGGAGGGACGCUCGCUGCGCUCUGUUUUGAAGCCAGUACUUUAAGCACUGCAGCCACUCCAAUUGCACAUACACUCAAGCACCUGAUAUAACCUCGGUAAUAUUACGAGACACUUUAUUAAUGUACUAAAGAUACUUUCUAGCUAAAUCUACUCUGUCACUGUGUAUAUAAGGUUUGAAGUGACAUUUAUUUUUUAUAAUACUGUUUAGCUGGAAAGUAAUGAAAGUUGCCUUAACGUUUGAAAAAUUCGGAACUUGCUGGACAGGGUAGUUUUAUCUAACUUAUGUAAUUUAAAAACAAAAUCCUAAGGUGUGUUUUCUGAUUCACUGGUGCCCAUGUAGCUGUUGACUGAAAACAUUUCAAAAAUGGCCUCUAAAUGGUAUCCACAUUUGGAUAGGAAACACUGAAUUGUAGUGAGAGAAAAGUCCUCUCCAAAUCCUGUACCUUCUGUGUCUGGUCUUUUUUUUUUUUUAACAAAUUAUAAUCCAAAUAUUGGAAAGAUAAGGAAGAAUUCAAAACUUUAUAAUAGAUGUCUCAAACACAGCUUUUAAGCACAUCUUUUCUCAUUAAAUUGGUGUUCUAAUGCUCUUCCUAGUUAACAGGUGAUCUAGGAUCAGCUUUUUUUUUAAAGAAAGGUUUUAAAGGUUUUUUAGGAAUGAUGUAAGUGAACUCGGAUUUACAGCAGCUUAAUUUUUAGUACAACUUUGUUUUGACAUGUCAACAAUUGCUAUUUCUUCUUCUGAACUCUUAACAAGUUGUUUUACUUCUGGGAGCAAAACUUUUAGAGCUAAAGCCAUGGAAUACUAGUUUUUACUCUCACACCUACAACGAUAUCAAAUGUCAAAUGUUCAGAAAAUUUUUCCUUGUCCUGCAGUUGGCUGAGGGUUAAAUUGCUUGAGCAGUCAGAAAUUCAAAGUAUGUGAUGAACAGUUAUGAAUUUAUAGUGCAGCUAAUGAAAGGGCUUUACUUGUUCUGUGGUAUUGUGACAUGUAUUGUCUCCUUUUCUGUUAAUUUGUCUAUAAAAAUGCUACUUUUAUAAGGAGCAUUUUAAAUUACUGGUGUGUAUAGCAAAUGUAUCAUCUUCAUAAGAUGAGACAUGAUUUGUUAAUUGUGUAAGGCAUAUCAGAAAUGUUGUGUUAAUCCACAUUUGUUAAACCAAUAAGUCAAAUUUGCUCCCUGUCUUCCAUAAGAAAAGAUCUUACAAAGUGUUUGCGAACAGAGAAUACACGCUAUGAAAAAUGGCCUGGUAUAGCAAAACUUUAAUAACUUGAACUGACUUUCCAACUUGUUUGUAUUACUGUCGGUGUCUCUAGCCUGUUGCACUUAGCAACUGUGCCACAAAACUAAAACAGAAACAGACCAGAGCUCGGAACAAUGAAAUACAGUGUGUAUUUCCAUUAUAGGAAAAAAAAAAAAAGAGUUUAGUAAGGAGAAGAUGUUUACAAAAAUGGCUAAAUUUAUUACUUGCAAUUUCUGUACAGGACACUUGUUUAUGGCUAAUCUGGCUGCAGUUCACAGCUUUGGGAUCUCUGCAUUUCCCAUUCUGGAUUCAGUCCAGCUAAACAUUCACUGCCUUUUUUUCUAUUCAGAGUGCUACAGGUGCUCAGAAAAAAAACCCCAAAAAACAGUGCCAUGAGUUGAAAUUAUAAGAACUCAAAUAGAAGCUUUGCCUGGAUCUUCAAACUGCAUGUUCUCAUUCCACAACUUCUCUUCUUUGUUGUGUAAAGAGAAGAAAGGAGUAAACCGUCUACAGAAGUUAGCAACAUUUGCAGUAAUUCUUAGCUGUUACCACAGUUAUCUGGAAAGGAGGAUCUAGAUUCAAGUAGAGAUCUGACUAUACCAACUGGGUUUUAGGUAGGAUUCUUACACCCCCAGCCUAGUUCCUUGAAUACAUUGAAAUGCUCAUUACCCACAAAUUCUUCAGUACAAGGCAGGAGAUGACUUUCAUCAGUUCUUGUCUUUCAGCUCUAAUGGCUCCUUGCUGCUGCUCUCCAGUGUUUAAAAGUAGUUGUGUGACUGGAAGGAUCAUGAAAGUUGAGGAGAUAAUGCUCGCAUUUAUGGCUAAAUCUACUUCAAAACAUCUGUCUUGGGUUACUGGUAUUUUUUUAGUGAGCAAUGUGGUGGUCUUGGUACUCUGCAUUCUUUGUAACUCCCCAGAACCCUGAUAAGUACAGUAGGCAGGCACGUGUCUUGGUGCUUAUGGAAAGGAGUUAGAGGAACUCGCUUGUAGCACAGUGCAGAACUGCAUUUAAAGUAUCAUCAGUUGUUGAUCUAUUAAAAUGAACUUUUAAAGUACUCUUUUUAAGAAAUAACACUAUUUCUCAAUACAUGCACUUUUAUUUUCAAAUGUAGAUACAGGCUUUUUUGUUAAAUUAGUUUAUUUUUUAUGAGAAUCCAGAGCUAUUAAAAUAUCAAUGUUGUAAACAACAUAUCUGCCUUGUAAACUGCUCCAAAUGCAGAAAUACAGUAUACUUAGGAUAAAACUUUUUUUUUACACUGCUAUGCAGUUUGUAAAACAUCUAUGGUGUAUAGUCAGUCUAUCAAAAUGUGACCUGUUCACAUUUGCCCUUGAAUUUUAAAAAUGUCAUAUCCCUUUCCUGGUACAUGUUCCGUACAGCAUAUAUAGACAGCUGUUCCAGUCUUUCUUUUACUUGAUACCACAUUGCUACUUUGUUUAAGAUGUUAUGUUUUCAAUCAUUAUGCAAUAUUUUUUUCAAUGUCUGUUGAAAUCUUAAUAAAACUUUUGGAGUUUCUCUUUUA